ACAGGGUUGAAGGUUGCAUCGUCGAGCUCUUCGAUGUUCUCCAUCGAGUAUAUAAGUCAGUGUGUCAGGAGGGUUGAGCAUCAGUCACCAGUCAGUUGAAGACUAAAGCAACAAACAACAUGAAGUGCUUGGUUGUCCUCAUCGCCGCUCUGGCCAUCGUUUCCGCCGCCCCCGAGCGCGAACGCCGUUCCCUCGGCUGGGGACACAAUGGAGCCGUAGUUCUAGGUGGUUUGGUACCUGGACCAGUGGCUCCUUCAGCUGCAGUCAUCGGGCCCGUCGCUGGAUCUGCAGCCGUUGUUGGGCCCUCUGGGGGCUCCGCUGCCGUGGUUGGACCAGCUGCUGCUUCUGCUGCCGUCGUGGGACCGGCUGCUGGAUCCACCGUGGUGUCAGGUCCCUCGGGAGCAAUCGUUGUGCCUGGCCACAAUGUCCUAGGACACUGGUAGAUCGCAACCACCCCGGAUUCGACCCCAUAGCUCAAGGCAACUCGAACCAACUCCCUCGUCAAUCUACUUCGAGUGGCUUCUCGUCGACUCCCAUUUUCGAGGCUUCGAUCAAAGCUGACCGUUGUUUGGAACGAAAGACCCUAUAGAUUCAACAAUGAAAUAGUUCGACCCUUUUUUCUAUUAUAUACCGUAGACUCUUUGAGCGAACAAUGUGUUCGAACUUCGAAGAGGUUCUUUCAUGAGUUUCUUCCUUUUGUAAUUAGCUGUACCAUUGUUACUCUUGUAUCGUAAUAAAUGAAUCUCCAUCUUGUACUCCA